AUGGCUCCAGUCAAUCUGUCCCACCGGAGGACGCAUAAUUUGCUCCUGAUUUCGAAGUUAUUGAGCCUCAGGGAUACAGCCUCCCCGCUCACGCUCCUGCAGGACUCUUUGGAGCAACCCGCCACACCCCUCAUCAAGGAGUAUAUCAGACGCGCAAAGCUUUCCAAAGUGCAUGUCACCUUCAUUGCAUUUGAAACAUUGAAGAAACCGGAUGGAGUCGAUGCAUUCGUAUCAACCCGUCGAAAGAGUCCGGCUGAAAUUGUCGAAGAGGUAGCAGCAGUAUACCAGCCUGCCUCAGCGACGGGGCCACCACGGCGUCGUCUUAUUAUCAUUGAUGCCAUCAACCCCCUCUUGAGCUCGAGGAGACUAGACCCUGCAUUCCACCUCCCGUCUUUCCUCGGCUCCUUUAUCGCACCUUCAGGCCCAUCGACUGGCAAGGCCGAAGCCUCGCUGGUGGUGACAUAUCAUCAAGAUGUGUCUGCACUGCCUCAGCAGAAUCAUUACUCGCCCACGCCGCUAUCGGUUCUAACGUAUCUCGCGACAAGUAUUAUCACACUUCACUCCUUCUCCCACAUACUAGCCCAAAAGGCUGCCCGUGACCGCAGUUUGGCUGCUCCGGUAUUCGGCCUCGAGGAAGAACAAGACGGUGUUCUCCUUGGCCGAUUAGAUAAGUUGGCUGGAACUGGCGCUGCAGAGGGCAUUGUGCUGGAACUUGAGCACCGCCGCAAGAGUGGGCGUGGAGUCUUGGAAUGGUACCUCCUCCCACCCUCAUCGCGAUAUUCCCCUCAGCAUGUGAAAGAGGUCGUGACCCUGCUGGAUGACAAUGUCCUGUACAACCCUCCCAUGGAACCCGAUACAAACCCCGAUGAGGAUGAGCCAAAGUCAACCUUUGAACUGGGCCUAACAGAUCGACAAAGGCGGGACAGAGAGGGUGUUGUCUUGCCAUACUUUGAUGCCCAGCAUGGAGAUGGCCCUGGAGAGGGAGGUCGGAUUCUCUAUGACAUGGGCGAAGAAGAUGACUUUGACGAAGAAGAAGAUGAGAUCUAG